AUGGUCCGCACCGUCUCCUCCCGCCGCGCCUUACGAGAGUCCGCCGCCGGCGCGCCCGAGUCCAAUCAACCCACCCCCCAGAAAUCGGCCCCGAAGCCCGCACCCAAACCCACACCCGCCAAGCGUACACCCGCCAAAAGGGGGGCGGCCGUCAAGAAAGAACCAUCCCUCGAGGUGGUAUCUGGCGAAGCCUCGGACGAUGAGCACUUCGCUGCGGUCAGCGAGGAGCCGGAGGAGCUGGUGUCUAUCCACAUUGCCAAGAAGCGCACGAGGGGUGGGAGGGUGAUCAAGGGUAAUGCGGGCAAAGACGGGGAGAGCGAUGAGAGCGAGGAGCCGGAUAGGAAACCGCCUGCGAGGAAGAGGGCGAACACGGAGAGACGCUCGGUGCAGAACAAGACAGCACAGAAAAAGUACAGGGACAAGAAGAAGAGUCUUGCCAGGCGGACACACGACUUUGCUUUGGAUAUGACUAGACUCUGCGGCAAGCUUGGGGGCAAGGAGGGCAAGGUGUUCAAGCGUCUACUUGAAGACUACCUGGCUGACGUUUCUUCCAUCGACCGCAAUUUCUUUGACGAGUACUUGGAAAAAGCUGGACUCACCCAAGAGUCAUAG